GUGUUGUGGGGGCCGCCCCUUCCGGCAGCAAUGGACGCGGAGGCGCUGGACGAGCUGGCGGGGCAGCUGCAGGGGGAGGCCCUGGGGGGCCGUGGGCUGCUGCAGCUGGCGGCCACCACCGGCCUGGCUGCCUAUGCUGUGUGGGCUGCCGUGCUCAUGCCUGGCUUCCGCCGGGUGCCGCUGCACCUGCAGGUGCCAUACGUGCCAUCCAGCGCCCAGCAAGUGGCCAACGUGAUGGGACUGCUGCGAGGCCGCACGGGGAAGACGGCGGAUCUGGGUUGGGACGGCCGGCUCGUGAUUGAAGCUUACAAGCAAGGACUCCGGCCGGCUGUUGGCUACGAGCUCAACCCCUGGCUGCUGUGGCUUGCCAGGUACCGGGCCCGCAGGGCUGGAUACGAGGGGAAGGUUUCCUUCCUGAAGCAGGAUCUGUGGAAGGCGAAUCUUUCCGAUUGCUACAACGUGAUUGUGUUCCUGGCUCCCAGCGUGAAACCCCCCCUGGCUGCCAAACUCCUGGCAGAACUCCCUGAUGAGGCACGUGUGGUGGCUGGGCGCUUCCCCUUCCCUUCCUGGACCCCAAGCAGCACCAUUGGGCAGGGGCUGGAACAAGCCUGGGCCUAUGACAUGAAGGAGGUUCGGCGUGUGGCACGGAGCUGCACAGAGGGAUGUGCACACUGACAGCAGCUCCUCCAGCCUGGUACAAAGGGUCAGCAAUGUGGCAUUGUCAGCAGCUCUCCCAUCGGUGCUUGAGCAGUGCUUAGCUGGGCUCUUCCCCCAGGACUUUGCCUCUGAGUGCCUUCCAAAGUGAUCAGAAAGGGAGAAGGAAAAUCAAAUUGAGUUAGCACACAAUGUAAGGGCUACACCUCCAGUGCCUCUUUUCAGUCCGUAGUUUCUGAGAAUAAAUGUUUGUACAGAUCUUU